UGCCUGCAGUUCCAGUACAACACGACAGAACGUUCCCAUGAUGCUCAACAGCAGUGGCGAGCAGCAGGUCAACUGGAACAUCAAGGAGUCCCACCUGGAAAACAUCUUCUUUGCCUGUUUCUAUGUUGCACUUCUCGUCAUUGGUGUGCCGGCCAACACCCUGGCCCUGUGGGUCUUUAGCCAGCAGAAGAAAAACUCCCCUUCCAAGGUGUUUAUCACAAACCUGGCUGUGGCGGACCUCUUCUACGUGAUGAUCUUGCCCAUGCGCGUGGCCUACCACGUCAUGGAUGGAUUCUGGCCAUUUGGAGAGAUACUGUGCCGCUUGGUUGGAUAUCUCUUUUACCUCAAUAUGUACUGCAGCCUUUACUUCAUGGCCUGCAUCAGCCUUGACCGCUUCCUGGCCCUGGUCCUGCCAGUCCAGUCUUUGGCACUGCGGCAGAAGUCUGUCAUCAGCCGCGUGAUAAGUGUGCUCCUGUGGCUCUUCCUGGGGAUCAGCAUGAUGCCACUGCUCAUUACCCAUCAAACCGUGAAGGUCAACAACUCAACUUGGACCGUGUGUCUCCAGCUCUACAGGGAGAAGCCGUCAAGCCAGGCGCUCGUGUCCCUCGCAGUGGCUUUUUCAGUGCCAUCUGUUGUCAUGGUGACCUCCUACACGCUAAUCCUGCACAAACUGCGCAGCCUCAGGCAGUCGGAAAGGAGCCCCAUGGUCAGGAAGGCCAUCAGAACGGUCACACUGACAUUGCUCAUCUACAUUGUGGCUUUCGUGCCCUACCACGUGAACCGCUUCAUCUACAUUGCAUCGUUCGCACACCAAAACAUCACUGCUGGUGAAGCAGCUUCCCUUUGGCUCACCAACCGCAUCGCUUCCUCUCUCACUUGCGUUAGUGGAGUUUUGGAUCCAGUCUUGUACUUCUUUCUGAUUUCAAACUACCGAAAAUCCGUGGUUCGGCUUUUUUGCCGAACCCAAGAGAGAGACCGGCAAAGUACAACUUGA